AUCAAAGGAUUACCGGAUUUAUCGCAUUAUUUGGAGAUUGAUACCAAUGGAUAACAGACAUUUUGCCAUCGUCUCUGGUAUCUGUGCCUCGGCAGCCAGCAUGUUCGGAAAGCUCUCCGGGUUGCCUACAUUCCAGGACGUGAUCGCUGUUCGGAUCCUGUUUUUCUCUUUGAUGUUAGCAUGUAACGCAGCAGUUUGGACGUUUUACGUGAAAGCUCUGCAAGCUUCUAAUUCUUCGCUUUCGGCGACUGUUACGAGCGCUGCAACUAAUUAUUUGUUAUCGGCAAUUUCCGGUUUCUUAAUUUUCGGCGAGGUUACAUCACUAAUUUGGUGGGCAGGUGCAGGACUCGUCCUCCUCGGACUGAUUCUAAUCGUCACUGAAAGUGAAGAAGAUAUGGAAAAGAAGAAGAUGAAGACUAAUUAAAAUUAUUUUCUUUUGUAUUUAUUUACUUUUCAGGUUUC